UUACUUCGCGUCGCUGCUUCCUUCUCUUCUUGUCGCUCUUCUCCUUUCUUGUCUGAAAAGUGGAAAACCUGGCACUGAUGGCGGAAGAUUGCCUGAGAGCUCCUCUUCUGGGCUCGGAACUCCUCAGAGACGUAUUCGACGAGGCCGAAGUGAUCGUGGACAUCGACGACUGCGAUCGAUCCACCAUUCAAAGCUUCUCCAAUCAUCAGAACAACAACCAUUGCGACCAUGGGAACCAAUUGGAGGGGACUGAGGAACAGAAUCCCUUCGAGUUCAUCGGUGCCGGAAGUUUUUCAGUGCCUUCUCCAUCAACGAUCGAUCCAUUUCGGAACAACACGCCUAACAUCGAAGGGCUCUACGAAUGGGUGAAGAUUUUGGUGUGCUUUCCGAUUGCGAUUGUUCGGAUUAUUUUAUUUGGGCUAUCCCUUGCGGUGGGAUACGUUGCUACUAUAUGUGCUUUACAUGGUUGGAAGGAUAGGCAGAAUCCCAUGCCCAGGUGGAGGGGUAGGCUCAUGUGGGUUACUCGCCUCUGUACUCGCUCUAUUCUCUUCUGUUUUGGAUAUCACUGGAUAAAGCGAAUAGGAAAACCUGCUCCAAGGGAGACAGCUCCUAUUGUUGUAUCUAAUCAUGUAUCAUAUGUUGAACCUAUUUUCUUUUUCUAUGAAUUAUUUCCAACCAUUGUUGCUUCUGAGUCACAUGAUGCCAUACCCUUCGUUGGAACAAUUAUCAGAGCAAUGCAGGUUGUUUAUGUUAAUAGGUUCUCAGCAUCAUCAAGGAAGCAGGCUGUUAGUGAAAUAAAGAGAAAGGCUUCUUGUGAUGACUAUCCUCGAGUUCUAUUGUUCCCUGAGGGCACCACAACUAAUGGGAGGGUCCUUAUUGCUUUCCAACUUGGUGCAUUCAUUCCUGGUUAUCCAAUCCAGCCAGUAGUUGUUCGCUAUCCACAUGUGCACUUUGAUCAGUCUUGGGGCUAUAUUAGCUUGGUAAAGCUCAUGUUCAGAAUGUUCACCCAAUUUCACAAUUUCAUGGAGGUUGAAUAUCUUUCCAUUGUUUCACCUCUCGAGAACCAAAAAGAAAGUGCUGCCCAUUUUGCUGAGAGGACUAGCUAUACUAUCGCAAGUGCACUCAAUGUUGUACAAACAUCUCAUGCUUAUGGGGAUUUGUUGCUUCUAACAAAAGCCUCACAGUCAAAACAGGAGAAACCUUCAACUUAUAUGGUAGAAAUGUCUAAGGUCGAAACUUCAUUCAACAUAAGCACACAGGAAGCUGUGGAGUUUUUGGAUAAGUUCCUUUCUAUGAAUCCAGAUCCUAGGGGGCGUGUCAAAAUCCACGACUUCUUGAGGGUUCUAAGGCUGAGGGCAUGUCCUCUUUUAGAGAAGAUCUUUGGAUAUCUGGAUGUGGAAAAGCAGGGAUCGGUUACGUUUAGACAGUUCUUUUUCGGAUCAGCUCAUAUCCUAAAGCAGCCAUUAUUCUCGCAAGCCUGUGAAUCGGCUUUCACUGAAUGUGAUGGUAGAGAAUGUAAUUAUAUAUCACAACAGCAGUUACAAGAUAUUCUUAACCUAGAAAUGCCAGAUGUGAGUGAAGAAGAGGUUGGAGAAAUGUUCAACAUAUUUGAUACUGAUGGUGACGGAAUUUGUAGUAGAGAUGAUUUCAUGACUUGCUUAAGAAGAAACCCACUGCUAAUUGCAUUUUUUGGUCGUGGUUUGGCAUCCAAUGGCCUAUUGUAGAAGGAUGGGAAUUUGGAGGUCAUGUGACAGUUAUGAGCAAUAGUUUGGUUUGCUACCAAAGUUGCGAAGUGAUUGUUAUUAGAGCAUGUAUUUUGCUUCCCACUCCCUUUUUUUUCGCUGGGGAUGGGGGAGAUUAGGAUGGAUUUGUUUUGGGGCUGUC